AUGGAAAACCAUCCACCAGUCUCCUCUGCCAUCUCUGGAGAUCUUCCAAUUCGGCCGGCUCGCCGUACCCACCAGGAAGAUGGCCUGGAAACCCAGGAUCCAGUGAAGAAAGUCCAGAUUGAGGAUGUCAAGGAUGAACCAUCCGAUCGGAAGCCGCAGCUAGGUAUGACCACCACCAAAUUUGAGGAGGAGGUCUCAGAGGCUGUUGGCCCCGUUAUCGCAGCUCAACUGCAAAAGAAAAAGAAGCACAACAAACGACCUAAGAGCAAGCGUGGAUUGGGCCGACCGACAGGAUUUGAAGAAUGGGGCGCAGAUGGCCCUCUAACACCCGAGGAGCAUGCAGAGGACAUUGCCCUUUAUGACCGUUUGCGACCUUUCAUCAACCGCAUGGAAGAAGCCCUAAUGCGCUUUGAUAGAAAGCGCCGAAUUGAAUCUUUUCGACGAAACAUCUUCCACAAAUACCUGCAAUAUGGUGGUAUCACAAUCGGCCCUAACUUCGGAACUGGGGUUCCCGCAAAAGAGCUCAAGACAAUGACCAAGUUGGAGGCGAUGCAGGCUCGGGCCCAGACCAUGAUUGAGAAAGAGCGUGAGCGUUUGGAUAUUAGCUUUGAUAAGGUGGUGCGCGGAUUCUUGGGCUCGUUCUUCAUGCGGUACUUCAACCCUGAAGAUGAAGAAGCAAUCAAGUUUGCCACCAACACGAUCAGCAACUUCUACACGUACUUGCUUUUCCAUGACGUGUGCCCGGAAUACACUGAGGACCUCCUUCAAGCCCGAGAGACCUGCCAGAUUGCGGGUAAAGAGCUCUUCAAGAACUUGAAGCUGGUUGGAAAAGGUGCUGGCCUGUUCAACAAAUCAUGCUCGAUGCUCUUUGGCGGUUGUUACUUUGAGCACGCGGAGGAUCAGAAAUGGAAGCAGGAGCCCUUUCACGAGGGGGCUGCAUCCCACAAAGCCGCCUCUUUAUUCUUGGCGCUUGUUACUGCAAAGGAUGCUUUGACUGCUGAAAAAGUCAACGACAUCGAUGGCUUUGAGGUUAUCUCUGUCAGUGAGCCAGAGCCUACUUGCCGUGGAUUUUACCAGCGAUUCGCGCCAGAUCUCACUCCAGUUGGCAUGAUCAAGGCUAAAUCUUUCCGUGACCCUAACAAGCCACACAUUGACCUGAGCCCGAAGGAGCAGUGGGAUUGGGAACAUGGUAGAGCACCAUCCUAUGAGUUUGAGUUUCUUGUUGAAAUUGAUGUCCUGUCUCUGAUGUAUCCCGGACUGAAGGUCUUGACUGAUGUUUGGGAACUCAACUGCGGGAUUUUCUACUUUGACGAGAUCUACUCCGUCUACCCAACCUUUUACACUGUUAUCGCCAAUGAUAUGAUGCUGAACUGGAAGCGACCACACGCGGUUACUGCUGAGGAUGCUGAAGAAACUCAGGCAUCAAAGUCUGGAAUGGAUGCUGGAAUGAAAGAUGCUGUUAAGAAGGCUCUGAAGGCUACCGGUCACAAGGUGGAUGGCAAUCAGUUAAACGAGGCUGAAGAGAAUGAAGACGAUGAUAUUGAUAUCUAG